AUGCCGACCUGUCAACACCGCUCCGCCUCGCUGUCCAAGAAGAGCAAUUUGGUCCGCCACUACAAGCUAGUACAUCAAAUGAAAGUGAAACUGUGCAAGCGCUUACACAACUAUGAUGAUGAAGUUAGAGGUUUAUUCUCUGAUUUUAAAGCUUUAUUCGAUAAAGUGGUUUAUGAUGAUCCUGGUUCUGAUUAUGACGAAACUGAAGCAUGCUCUAUGCAAGAUGAAAUUUCGGCUUUGUACAUUUCUCUGAUCAGUGACUUGAAAAUAGUGUUACCUGCUAAAACUAAAGAAGUAACACCUCCCACCCAACCAUCUCUGCGACUGCCCAAAUUUGAGUUGCCCAAAUUCAGCGGUAACUACGAAGAAUGGGUUAGCUACUACAAUAUUUUUGAGGCUUCUAUUAAUAGGAAUGAAACUUUGGCCCCUGUGAUUCAGGUGUUUUCCAAAGAUGGUCAGCAAACUGUACUCCGUGCUGUGCUCGACUCUGCAUCUCAACUUACAUUGAUAUCUGAAAGAGCUGUUCAGCUCAUCAGUGCCUCCCGUACUCGAGCACAUGAUGAAAUCCAAGGAAUUUCUGGCUUACUAAUUCAUUCUAGAGGAAUAGUGCACAUUGAUAUAUCUGCAGUUAAUGGUCAACGCUUAGCCUACCAUCAUCCAUGCUUGGUUUUGAAGCGUAUCACUUCACCACUGCCUCAGAUCCCAGUCUCACCUCAAGUGAAGGGAUCCUUAAAUGAUUUUGUUCUUGCAGACCCCUGUUUUGACAAACCUGGAGAAAUUGAUCUAUUGAUCGGAGCUGAUUUAUUCGCUCUCUCACUGACGGGUGAGCAGCACUUCUUAGGCCAUAACCUGCCCCAAGUUUUAGGAACUAUAUUCGGAUUUGUUGUAAUGGGCAUAGCUCCUGUUGCUACAUCUGAGUUAUCAAUCCCAAAAACUGUUUCUUUUCUCACUACACAUGAUGGAGACCUUCACAGUUCAAUUCAAAGGUUUUGGUCAAUCGAAGAACCCCCGACAUGUGUCAAGACUCAGUCAGAAGAAGAUGUUCUCUGCUUACAGCAUUUUGAAAGAACCCAUACACGUGAUAACUCUGGUCGAUAUGUUGUUAAGUUACCGAAAAGACCAAAUCAUCCACUAUUAGGUGAAUCUUGUAGUACAGCUCAACUUAGACUUAAAGCGAUGGAAAGAAAAUUUGCUGCUCAGCCCGAAUUCAAAGAUUUAUACUCCGAAUUUAUGGAUGACUACAUCAAAUCAGGUCACAUGAGUGCAUGUGAGCAACCCCUUUCUGGUGAAUGUUACUAUUUACCCCAUCAUGGAGUAUUUAAGGAGAAUCCCCCUAAUUCCAAAAUACGAGUCGUAUUUGAUGGUAGUUCCAAAACAAACAAUGGCGUCUCCCUAAACGAUAUCCUCAUGCCUGGCCCUAAGUUGCAGAAUGAUAUUAGUGAUGUCUUGCUGUACUUUAGGUGUCACAAGUUUGUGUUCACUUGUGAUAUACGACAGAUGUAUCGCCAGAUUCUGGGGGCUGAAGAUGACAAGAAAUAUCAGUUAAUCUUUUGGCGAUCCAACCCUGAUGAAUCCCUUCAAGUCUUAAAGUUAAAUACCGUCACCUACGGUCUCAACUGUUCCCCCUUCAUUGCGAUCAGAACAUUACAACAAUUGGUCAAAGAUGAGGGUCACUCAUACCCCAAGGCGUCUGAGAUUCUAACUAAAUCAAUAUUUUAUGACGACAUCAUCGCUGGAGCAGAAAGUCUUGAUGAAGCUUUGUCUGCACAGAAUGAACUCAAGAACUUGCUCUCUAGAGGAGGUUUUGAACUCCGAAAAUGGAUUAGCAACGCACCCCAACUAUUGGACCAAGUCCCAAUUGAACACAAAGAGACUCCAGUGGAGUUAACUGAAAAUAGUGAAGCCUUCUUCAGUGUCCUAGGUCUAAAAUGGACUCCAGAGUCCGACAUGCUUUCUUAUAAGGUUAAGGAUGUUGAAAUAAGUGCUAUACUUACAAAGAGAAGAAUAUUAUCUACAAUCGCUAAACUAACUCCAAGAAUUGGUCUCUCCUCACUCAUGGAAUUAUGUCAAAUCUCAAGACAACCCGGCAGAUUGCGCCACUCGUGGUCUUUCACCCUCUCAACUUGUGACUCAUCAUUUAUGGUGGAAUGGACCGGAUAA